ACAUACUGUACUAUCUCCCUCUGUUCUGCCAAGGGCUUUCACUGGCUUGCAUGGACCAUCAGCAGCGACCAAUCUGAGCAAAGAAAAACCAAAGGGGGGAAAACUGCGGUAGCUCUGCUAUGAAAAACAGACCGCAAACAAACUAAGCAAGCAAACCAACCCCUGUCCUCUAGAGAAAGCGGGGAGGAGAAAACCAAAGGCGGCUGUGUAGUUAAAAAAAGAGCUUGCAGCUGCACCUGUGAACCCCUUAAAGUAUCUGCGUGGAUUUGUGCCCUAGGAAAGAGAAGGACUCCCAGGAGGAAGAGCUGGAAAUCGCGGUGAGCAGAAGGAGGCAAAUAAACCUACCGCCCCCUCCAAGAAACUGGUGUGUGUGAGAGAGAGAGAGAGAGGAGGGGAGAUUGAGGGAAUGAAGCUGGAAGAUCCAGAGACUCAGAGAAAAAAAGUUGCUGCGAAGAGGGACUUUGCAGUGUAGAAACUGAGCUCGGCUCCGCGAUGGGAUUUCUAGUUUCUAAAGAGAACCUUCUCCUCUUCCUUUGCGCGAACGUCUUCCCUGUGUGCAGCCAUGUGGAAACCCGAGCCCACGCAGAGGAGAGACUCCUGAAGAAACUCUUCUCUGGCUAUAACAAGUGGUCCCGACCUGUAGCCAACAUUUCGGACGUGGUUCUCGUCCAUUUCGGAUUGUCCAUCGCGCAGCUCAUUGACGUGGAUGAGAAGAAUCAAAUGAUGACCACGAACAUGUGGGUGAAGCAGGAGUGGUAUGACUACAAGUUGCGCUGGGAUCCUCUGGAAUACGAGAACGUUACAUCCAUCCGCAUCCCUUCAGAACUCAUUUGGAGGCCGGAUAUUGUUCUCUACAACAAUGCAGAUGGGGACUUUGCAGUCACCCACCUGACCAAAGCCCACCUUUUUUAUGAUGGAAGAAUCAAGUGGAUGCCCCCUGCUAUCUACAAAAGCUCCUGUAGCAUUGAUGUCACCUUCUUCCCCUUUGACCAGCAAAACUGCACCAUGAAGUUUGGCUCCUGGACCUAUGACAAAGCCAAGAUAGACUUAGUGAGCAUGCACAGCCAUGUGGACCAAUUGGACUACUGGGAGAGUGGAGAAUGGGUCAUCAUCGAUGCCGUGGGCAAUUACAAUAUCAAGAAAUAUGAGUGCUGUGCAGAGAUCUACCCUGAUAUCACCUACUUCUUUAUUAUCAGGAGGCUGCCCUUGUUCUACACAAUUAAUCUGAUCAUCCCCUGCCUCCUUAUCUCCUUCCUGACUGUCUUAGUCUUCUAUCUGCCUUCGGAGUGCGGUGAGAAGAUCACCCUUUGUAUCUCAGUGCUGCUGUCACUGACCGUGUUCCUGCUGCUCAUUACGGAGAUCAUCCCUUCCACCUCCUUGGUCAUCCCCUUGAUUGGAGAGUAUCUGCUUUUCACCAUGAUAUUUGUCACCUUGUCCAUCAUCAUCACUGUCUUUGUGCUCAACGUGCACCACCGCUCCCCCCGGACCCACACCAUGCCCGACUGGGUGAAGCGGAUCUUUCUCGACGUUGUCCCACGCCUCCUCUUCAUGCAACGGCCCUCGGUGGUGAAGGACAAUUGCAAGAAGCUGAUUGAGUCCAUGCACAAAAUAGCCUCCUCUCCACAGCUUUGGUCCGAGACUGAAGUGGAGCCUAAGUUUACUACCUCCUCUUCAAACAGCCCUCCGAGCAAAGAACCAUCACCCACCUCUUCCUUCUGUGCCCAUCUUGAGGAGCAAGUCAAACCCCAGACUGUCGGCAAGUCACCUUCUCUCCAGUACUCUGUGCUACACCAAGAGCCAGCACAGGCUAGCUGCUCCUCCCUGCAGCCCCCCUGCCAUCCGCUGAGUGACACCCAGUCCACAUCCAUCUCCAAGAGCAGAUCAUUAAGUGUCCAGCAGAUGUACAGCCCAAAUAAAGUAGAGGAUGGGAGCAUCCGCUGCAGAUCCAGGAGCAUCCAGUACUGCUACCUGCAAGAGGAGUCCUCCCAGACCAACGGCCAGACCAGUGGCUCUCCGGCAGCUCAGCGGUACCGUCUAAAUGAGAAGCAGCCCCAAAGCAAAGCCUCCCAGUGUAAAUGCAAGUGUAAAAAGCAUGUGGCAACCAGCUCUUCGGAGCAAGGAACCAAAACUCUCAGCACCAAAGAGCCACACGUUUUGCUGAUGUCCCCUGCCUUGAAGCUGGCAGUGGAGGGGGUCCAUUACAUCGCAGACCACUUGAGAGCCGAGGAUGCGGAUUUCUCAGUGAAGGAAGACUGGAAGUACGUUGCAAUGGUGAUCGACAGAAUCUUCCUUUGGAUGUUCAUCAUAGUCUGCUUACUGGGCACCGUUGGUCUCUUCCUUCCCCCUUGGCUGGCAGGGAUGAUCUAAGAAUAGCUGUGGAAAGAACAAAGUGCAUCCCAUUCUAUGGAUUUUAGUCCACCUGGAAGGAGACAAGAGGAUAAAGCUGGAGACAGUCUCUAUGAAUAAUUUACUAUGUAUCUGCGCAUGAAUUGUUCAGAGCGCGCUGGGGACACCUUCCAAGUUUACAUUAUUUGCCAAGCCAUCCUCAUCUUCUAUAUCUAUUUUAAGGGGGAAAUUAUUAUUAAAAUUUAUACAUAGCAUGAUGGCAUUCGUUGACAUACGCUACAAUGUAAGAAUGCAGGCAUGGUCCCUAAAGCAGUACUAACCGAAGCAUUAUUUACAGACCUGCCCCUGGCAAGUUAGGCCCAUUAGUCUUGAGGGGUUUCAGUGUGUCCCACGUAGUAGGGUUGCGCCAUCAGGAUGGAACGGUCCAGGACUGUGUGUCCCUGUAAGAGCCGUUUAAUAAAUAAAGUUUCAAAUUUGGA